AUGGGGACCCAGGACACAACCGAGCUCUGCGUUCCUCAACUCUUCAACAGUUCCUGCAAGAAACCUACACCUCUUCUGUCAGAGGAGUGGUCAUUUGUGAUCCUUAAUGUUGUGUUGUCAUCCAUCUCUCUGCUAACUGUAACUCUCAACCUGUUCAUCAUCAUCUCAAUCUCACACUACAGGCAGCUCCACACACCCACUAACAUCCUCCUCCUCUCUCUGGCUGUCUCAGACUUUCUCGUUGGUCUCGUGUUGCUGCCAAGAGAAAUCCUCCGAAACACAUCCUGCUGGUUUUUCGGUGACCUCGCAUGUUCUCUGUACAAUUAUGUGUCUUUUAUUGUUACCUCUGCUUCAGUGGGCAACGUAGUGCUGAUAUCAGUCGACCGCUAUGUGGCUAUUUGUGACCCUCUGCAUUACCCCACCAGAAUCACUGACAGAAGAGCUAAACUCUGUGUCUGUCUGUGUUGGCUCUGCUCUGGUCUCUAUAGCACCCUGUUUGUUGAUUUCACUCAACCAGGGAAGCAGCAUUCCUGCUAUGGAGAAUGUAGAAAUAACGUUGACUUCAUUGCAGGAACCAUUGAUGUCAUUUUAACGUUUAUUGUUCCAGUUUCUGUCAUCAUAAUUCUGUAUCUGAGAGUGUUUGUGGUGGCUGUGUCUCAGGCUCGUGCCAUGCGCUCUCAUGUUACAGCUGUCACACUGCAGCUCUCAGUGACUCUAACAAAGAAAUCUGAGUUGAAAGCAGCCAGGACUCUUGGGGUUCUUGUAGCUGUGUUUCUGAUAUGUUUCUGCCCAUAUUACUGUGUUAAUCUUGUAGGUGAAGCGUUACUCAAUAGUUUAAUUCCACCCUUUGUGCUCUAUCUGUUCUAUUUUAAUUCCUGCCUAAACCCUCUGAUCUAUGCACUGUUCUACCCUUGGUUCAGAAAAGCAGUGAAGCUCAUUAUCUCUUUACGCAUACUGCAGCCUGGCUCCUGUGAGGUCAACAUCCUGUAG